GCAAACUGAAAUAAUCAAAAUGAAACUUUUUAUUGUAUUCUUCGCCCUGAUUUCGGCGGUCCUGGCCAUGCCCCAAUUCGGUCGCGAAGGUCAUAGAGGUCAUGGUGGCGAGGGAGGUUUCGGAGGCGGUAAUUUCGGCGGUGGCAACUUUGGUGGUGAACAUCGUGGCGGUUCCGGUUUCGGUGGACAUCGUGGAGGUGAAGGUGGCUUUAGAGGAGAAGGUGGCUUUGGAGGACCAGGAGGUGGUUACGGAGGACAAGGUGGUUUCGGAGGACCAGGAGGUGGCUUCGGAGGACCUGGUGGUUACAAUCGCGGCUAAUAUGUCUUAAAUAAAAUCGACUUUUGAUCGAAAUACUUUCUUUGUUAUUUAUUCAUCUGAUUGCCUAAAAAUAAAUGUGAGGACAAACAAAUCCACUAAA